AUGGCGCUGAUGCACCUGCUGGGGAUUGCAGCUCUCUUUCAAGCCGUCACUGGAUCCUACAAGGCUUACCCGAUCGCAAACGAAGGUGGUGGCUUCAGCUCUGCUGCAUGCGUGCGCAAGGAUUGCACAGAUUCUGACCAUGUGUGUUUGGGGGAGCAGGAGGAGACCGUGAUUUUGCAAGUGCAGAGAAGCCUGCCCAGCUCGUCAGGGACAACUUCUCGGGACUUGGCCACAAUCCCAGAUCCCGGCCAGUUCCUGAACAGCACGAACAUUGCCUUGCACCUGUUGAGCGUUGUGCCAAGUUUCGGCGACACUUCCAAUUUCGUCGCCGUCCUUUUCCAGUACAAUCAAAGAGCGUGGGAAGCCUUGACAGGCAUGGACGUAUUCUGUUCAGAUGCUGCAAAGUCGCACCGAACCAAGGCCACAGUGUGGGGCGGGGAACGGAAAGGCACAGCCAGGUUUGCAAUCGUCGUCCGGUGUGAGUGGCCUGCCUCACCUGCCUCACAGGCGCAUGAGAGCAGCUUCGACAUGUUGAUUGAGGGUAAUGGACAAGAGCUGGGUCAAGUGCAGGUCCAACAAAGCCACAUAGGCAUGCUGGAGCAAUACGGCACAGUGGCGUGCAUUCCCGGUUUGUGGAACGGAGAGAUCUCCGCGCCUUCCAUCAUUCCGCAGUGGAUGGAGUUCUAUUUGCUACACGGCGUGGAUCACUUCAUUGUGUACACUUCGGGUAUCACCCAUGCUGCGGUACUGGAGAUGUACGAGCCAUACAUCAAAGCCGGUGUCGCAACGAGAGUUCAUGUCAACACCACAGGCAAAUACGCGCAUGGUGAUGCCCACAAGCGGCUGAUCAUGAACGAUUGCCUUUACCGCAUGAAGAACCAUGCCCAGUGGUUAAUGCCUUCGGUGGAUGUGGAUGAAUAUAUCCGGCUGGCAGACAAUGAUUCUGUCGGGGACUACAUGCGAACAGCUUGGGACAAGAUCGCAAGCGAGCACGCUCCUAAACUUGUGCACAGUAUAAGCAUGGCGAGAGUGAGGUUCGACCGUCCGCUCAGUGUUUUCUACGACAACCUACUGGUGAACACGUCUUUCCGCUUUCCAGUAUCUUGGUCCUGUCCAAAGUACCUCGUGCGCCCAACCCUCGUCAAUGGUGUGGAUAUCCAUUACCCCAUAAGCUGGGAGAACGGCACGCAGAUCAGCAUCCCCAUGUCGCAGGGCUUUGCUGCCCACUAUCGCGUCGUCCAUGGGCCAGCGGACUAUGCCAUGAUUCCGAAAGGUUUGGUCACGGUUCGGGACGAGACAUUGCUGGCCGACUCCCCGCGCAUCGGCCUAGCCUUGGAAAACCGCUUCAAUGGAAAGUGGCCGGAGAUUGAGAAGAAGCUCCGGGCGGGCUCGGAUGACCAGCUCUCCCAAUUCCCAGCUUGA